CAUACACAAUAUUGAUUAAGGUACAAUAAUGUCUCAAAAAAUAUCAGGGGCCGAAGAACAAGCAGUGAAAGCCCAUGGAUGGGCAGCUAGAGAUUCCUCUGGUGUUCUUUCUCCCUUCCACUUCACCAGGAGAGUUAAUGGUGAUAAUGAUAUCAGCAUGAAGAUACUCUAUUGUGGAAUUUGCCACUCAGACCUUCACCUCGCUAAGGACGAAGUGGGAAUGACCAUAUAUCCCAUUGUCCCAGGACAUGAGAUUGUAGGAGAAAUGACAAAGGUGGGGCGCAAUGUCACAAAAUUCAAAGUAGGAGACAUAGCCGGAGUUGGGUGCGUGGUGGGUUCAUGUCGCUCAUGCGACAACUGUACACAGGACCUGGAAAACUACUGCCCCAAAAUGGUGUGGACCUACAACAAACACCACGAAGACGGAUCAAGAACCUUCGGUGGAUACUCCGACAAGACAGUAGUCGAUGAGCACUUCGUCGUUCGAAUCCCCAAAAACCUUCCACUACAAGGUACUGCCCCAAUGCUGUGUGCUGGGAUUACAGUUUACAGCCCUAUGAGAUACUUUGGACUGAUGGAGCCUGGUAAGCAUUUGGGUGUGGUGGGGCUUGGUGGCCUUGGCCAUAUGGCCGUGAAGUUUGCCAAAGUUGUUGGAGCAAAAGUUACUGUGAUAAGUACCUCCCCCAAUAAGAAGAAGGAAGCUGUGGAACAACUUGGUUUUGAUGAAUUUCUGAUUAGUCACGACCAAGAGCAAUUACAGGCUGCCAUGGGUACAAUGGAUGGUAUCAUCGAUACAGUUUCAGCCGCUCACCCUCUCUUGCAUUUGGUUGGCCUGUUGAAGACCAAUGGAAAACUAAUUCUGGUUGGUGCUCCAAUCCAGCCUCCUGAGCUACCAGUUUUCCCUUUAAUCUUGGGGAGGAAGCUUGUUGCUGGCAGUGCAAUUGGGGGAAUGAAAGAGACCCAAGAGAUGAUAGACUUUGCAGCAAAGCACAAUAUCACAGCAGAUGUUGAAGUUAUUCCAAUGGAUUAUGUGAACACUGCCCUUGAACGAGUUGCCAAGACUGAUGUUAAGUACCGCUUUGUCAUUGAUGUGGCAAACACCAUAAAAUCUCCAUAUUGAUAUGAAAAUAACUUCCUAGCCAACAUGCCUUGUUUGGCAAUAAGAUGAAUUGCUAAGGAUCAUCAUCGCGCACAUGGGAUGUUUGGCCUUAUUAAUUCCAUAGAGACGAAGAAUAUAUUUUAAGAUGCACAAGGGAGUGCUUAAUUUUUUGUCGUGUGUAUCUUAUUCUUGAAAUAAAGUCGAUGUUUAUGAAAUUUUUGGGCUAUUAAUUUCUAGGCAAACUUUGUUACUCAUUCUUUGAUAUGAGAGCUCCAUAUAAACUUCUCUAGUCCUCUUAAAUUUUUCAGGUGAAUGUUAACUUCUAGUCUUUACUAUCAUCAAUACCUGAUUGUUACCUCAAGAGUUGGUGGUGUAAAAGUUCAGAAAUUUGUUUCAGAUGAAAAAAACACGAAAAUAAAAAUAAAAAAUAGUACUUUCAUUCGUAAUUCAUGACAAAAACAAUACAAGCUGCAAUCACAAUUAAUUUUUCUAAUUCUGAACCAAUUGAGAUAUAAAUUUCACUAAAAAGCUCUAUUAAUUAGUUUUCAAAUGCAUAU